CCGGCGCCGAGGUUCUGGCGGCGCGUGGGAGAGGUGGGGAACGAGGUCCUGCCUGUCAAGGAACUACGGCGGUUUUUUCCUGAAGAAGGGAAUUAUAUUUAAUUUCUUUUUACAGCAAUUAUUUACUAUCAGGAAAACAAGACAAAACACCGAAAAAUUCCAUAGCAAUCCCAUCCUCAAGAGAGAGUCUCUAUUAACAAUUUGGGGUACAUAAACAUGCGUUUGUGUGUUACAUAAGCGGGAUACUAAUGUGAUCUGCUUUUUUUACUUAAUACAUUGAGGACUUUUUCCAUAUCAAUUCAUAGACAUCUUUCCACUGCCUUCUCGACUAGCACUGAUUUGGACCCAAAGCCUGGAGGGCAAGAAUUUUCUCCUCUCCCUGCAAUGACCAACCUUAGUAAAGAGUCUCCUUGAAGAUCUGAUAAAGCAGCACUGUGAUGGCCAAGAUGUUGGAUAGAAAUAAGUGAAUUCUGGGUAUUUGCCAAGACUAAUGUAGCUGAUGAAAUACCUGCCAUUUUCUGCUCAAGGUUAAUAAAUGAAGUAAGUUAAUGGAAAAAAGACCAAAUCGUAAGUAGUUGGAGUGUUCAAGGACAACAGCCAUCUGGCUUUAGUUAUUCAGUAUGCAGAACCGACCAGGGUAUUGCAGCUAUUGCUGUGUGCACUAUGAUAACCUGGAGCAGCACGUUUCCAGCGCUCAGCACAGAUACUUGACUGCACAGAACAGACAGCGGAGGGGCACCAUGAGUUUGAUGGAGCGUUUCUUGCAGGAUGUACUGUGGCACCACCCAUAUCAUUAUCAAGAAAGCAGAUCAAUGCAAAGUGAGAGACUUCUUAUGAAUACUGCAUCACCUCUUGAAGUGGUUCCUGUUGAUGAUUUUAUUCCUGAAGAAAUGACUGAGGAUGCUACUGGAGUCAGAGGAGAGAUAUCCACCAAGAGUUUUGGACCUACUGAAAAGUUGUAUUCUAGACCUAGUAAAUCUCAGGAAUAUAUACAGGGUGUUUCAAUUCGACCAUCCGUUAUUCAAAAACUGGAGAAGGGACAGCAGCAGCCCUUGGAGUUUGUUCAUAAAAUCGGGCACAGUAGGAAAGAAUUGAAUCCAGUAGGCAUUGGUCAAGCUACAAACAAUGGGCGAAACUUAGUCUCAGUGAUUUCUAAUGCUUCUACUAGUCGUUUACUUGGGAGUUCUCAUGAUAGACCAGUUACUAUGACUAAGUUACCACCAGCAGCCCUUUUGGAUUCAGUUAGCAAACAUGAUCCAAACAACUUUGCCAGAUAUCUUGAACCACUGGACAGGGGCUCUAGAAAUCCUUUGCUGUCAUCCCAUCUAGAAACUUCUGCAGUUUCAUAUCAGAAAACUAAAGAAUCAAACAAGAAAUCUUUAUAUAUAAAUUCAGAUAAAUUGGUCAUAAAGGAAGAUGUAAAAUCUCAGGGUGAAACUUUGUCAACUGGCUUUAAAUUCCAUGAGUUGAUGGGUACUGAAGGCUCCUUAAAAUUUGAAUCUCUUUCCAAAUUAGCAGUAAACCCAGCAAUCAGCCUGAAUAAAAUUGAUAUGCCUUCUAAUAAAGGAAUCCUUGAAGAUGCCAUUCCAAAGCGCUGUGAGAGAUUCUUUUCUAAUAUGGAUUGUACCCAAGAAGAAAAGCAUUUGGUUUUUAACAAGUCAGCCUUUUUGGAGCAGAGGAGCUCAGUGAGAUCUGAAAUGCAGUUUGACUGUGGCUCUGUUCAGUCAGUGUCUGGUCAACCCCAAGACGCUGUACGAGACCUUUGGAAUGAGGAGCAGAUUGAGCAAGAAGAUCAGAACUGUGAAUCGAGGGGUUCUGAAACGAGUGUUGAUUGCAGUUCCUCUUUCCAUUCACUGACUGACCAGUCGAAAGGGACUGCCAAAGAAACAAACCUUUCGAAGGAAGAGCAUGCUGAUUUGCAGUAUAAGAAUAAUGAAUCUUGUGUUUCUGAAAUAAGUUCUGACUCUAGUGGCUCUCUUCACUUGACUACCAAGAGAACUCAAGUAAUUGUUGAAGAUACGUGUCUUCAGAAGGCAAUGCAUAUUAGCUUGGUUGAUGAAAGCUAUGAAUCUAGUGAUUCUGAGAUUAAUUUUGAUUGCAGUGCCUCACUUCAGUCAACUGAUGACUGCCCGCAACAGCCUGCAAAGGAAAUAAACCUUCUUAAGGAGGUACACGUGGGCUUGGUUGAUAAGAACUAUGGAUCUAGUAGCUCUGAAAUAAGCGCUGAUUCUGUUUUCCCACUUCAAUCAGUGGUUGACCAACUCCCCGCAGCUGUCAGAGAAACAAAACUUCGGAAGAAGGUUCACGUUGGCUUGGUGGAUAAGAACUACGGAUCGAGUUGUUCUGAAACAAGUUUUGAUUGUGAUAUUUCUCUUCAGUCAGUAGUGGACCAUCCCCAGCUGGCUGUCAAGGAAAGAAACCUAAAGGAUAGGCGUGUUUGCCUGGGAGAUAAGAACCAUACACCCAGUGGUGUCUCUCUAGAGACAGUGACUGAUGAACCUCGGAGGGCUGUGGAAGAAAUAAAUCUUCUGAAAGAGAAGAAUGACCUUGUGGAUAUGAACUGUGAAUCUCAUGGUCCUGAAAUGGGUUUUCACACUGAUGCUCAAUUAGUGGCUGACCAAUUGCAAGCAGCAAUUAAAGAAGUGCACUCUCGAGAAGCAGCUGUUGACCAGGAGAAUAAGAGUGUUAAAUCCAGUGUUUCUGAUCUAAGUUUUGAUUCUCAUGCUUCUCUUGAUCAGUUAGCUAAUGAUCUAUCUCAAGGGGCUCUGGGUGAAAUAAAUCUGAAAGAGUUAAAUGUUGACAUGGAUGUUAAGAGCAAUGGGUGCUCUAGUUCUGAGCUGACUUUUGAUUCGGAUCCCCCUCUGCUGUCAGUUACUGAGCAUUCCGAGCUUGAUGUUGAGGAAAUAAGAAAAAAGCACAUUCACCUGGGAGAUGAGAGUUAUGAGUCGAACAGUUCUGAAAUAACUUUUGAUUCUGAUAUUCCGUUUUGCUUAGUAGUUGACCAAUCUCAAGUAGAUGUUUCUGAGGAGGAACCUAUUCAUCUGGAAAAUAAGAGUAAUGGCUCUUGUGUUUCUGAAAUAACUUUUGAUUCUGACAUGCCUCUUCAUUCAGGGACUGAUCAACCUGAAGUAGCUGUUAAAGAAAUAAUCACUCAGAAAGAAGAGUAUGUACAGUUAGAGAGGAAGAAUGAUGAACCCAGUGGUUAUGAAAUAAGUUUGGGUUCUUAUGACGCUCAUUCAAUGAUUAGCCCUCGUCCAAUGACUAGCCCUCCUGAAGUUGCUGUUAAAAAGCUAAAUCUCCCUAAGGAAGAGCACGUACACUUAGAAAACAAGGGUGGUGGACCUAGUGUUGCUGAAAUCAGUUUGAAAUCUGAUCUUUCCCAUCAUUUAGUGAUUGAUCAUCCUGACAUAGCUCUUAAAGAAAUAAACCAACAGAAAGAAGAACAUGCAAACUUAGAAGAUAAGGGUAAUGAAUUAAGUGUUUCUGAAACAAUUUUGGAUUCCAGUAUCCCUCUUCAGUCAGUGACUCACAAACCUGAAGUAGUUGUUAAAGAAACGUGGCUUCAAAAAGAAAAGCAUGCUAAAUUCAAAGGUAAAAGUGCUGAAUUUAGUGGUUCUGAAAUAAAUUUAGAUUCUAAUGUCUCUCACUAUUCAGUGACUGAACCUCAAAUAGCUGUUAAAGAAAUAAAUGUUCAGAAAGAAGAACAUGUUGUUCUAGAAAAGAAGAGUGAUAAAUGUAGUGUUUCUGAAAUAAUUUUGGAUUCUAAUGUCCCUCCUCAGUCCAUGACUGAAAAACCUCAAAUAGCUGCUUUGAGGGAGGACCAUGUUGACCCAGAAGGUGAAACUACUGAAUCUAGAGGUUUUGAAAUAAAUUUGGGUAUUGAUGCCCCUCUUCAUUCAGUCAUUGACCGGCCUCAGCUCGCCCAUUUGAAGGAAAAACAUGUUGAUGUGGAAGAUACAAACAGUGAAUCGAGUGACUAUAAAAUAAGUUUUGAUUCUAAUAACCCUGCUCUUCAGCCAUUGACUGAACAAUUUCAGGAAGCAGUUAAAAAAAAAAACCUGUGCAAGGAAGAGGAUAUUGGCCUGGAGAAUAAGGUUGAUGAACUUAAUGGUUCUAAAUUAGUACUCGAUUCUGAUGUUUCUGUUCAGCCUGUGGCUGCCCAACCUGAGGUAGCUAUUAAAGGAAUAAACCUUGAGGGUGAAGGUCAUGCAUACUUAGAAGAUAAGAAUAGCCAAUAUAGUGGUUCUGAAAUGAGUUUGGAUUCUGAUUUCUUGGUUCAGUCAAUAAUUGAUCAGUCUCAGAUCACUAUUUUGGAGCAGGAGCAUACUGAGUUAGAAGAUAAGCACAGUGAAUCUUGUGGUUCUGAAAUAAGUUUUGACUCUGAUGAGCCUCUUCAGUCAGUGGCUGACCAGCUUAGAGAUACUGUUCAAGAAAUAAGCCUUUGCAAGGUUGAAGUCGAUGUGAAAGGUAAGAGGGAUGACUCUAAGGGUUUUGAAGUUAUGUAUGAUUCUGGUGUCCCUUUUCAGUCAGUGGCUAGUGAAACUGAAGAGGUGGUUAAAGAGAGAGACCUUUGGAAGGAACAUGUUGACUUGGAAGAUAAGAUUGUUCGACCUAGUGAUUCUAAAAUAAAUUUUGAUUCUGAUGAACCUCUUCAGUCUGUGGCUAAUGAAAUUCAAGAGGCUAUUACAGAAACGAAUCCUCUGAGGGAGGAACAUGUUUGUCUGGAUGAUAAGGGCAAUGAACCCAAUGAUUCUGAAAUAAUUUUUGUUUCAGAUGUCCCUCUUCAAUCAGUGGUUGAGCAGCUACACAUUUUGGAAGAGGAACAUGCCAAUUUGGACGAAAAGAGCAGUGAUCCUUGUGAUCCUGAAAUAAAUUUUGAUUUUGAUGAUCCUCUUCAGUCAGUGGCUGACCAGAUUCAAAACGAUGUUAAAGAAGUAAGUCUUUGGAAGGAAGACUGUAUUUAUCUGGAAGAUAAGAGCUAUAAACUAGGUGAUUUUGAAGUAAAUUAUGGUUCUGAUGUUCUUGUUCACUUCGUGGCUGAUCAAUCUCCUUUGGCUGUCAAAGAAAUAAACUUGCAAAAGAGGGAUCAUAAUGACUUAGAAAAUAAGAACUGUGAACCUAGUGUUUCUGAAGUAAAAUGUGAUUCUGGUGUUCAUCUUCAGUUAGAACUAGACCACCCACAAGUGGUUUGCAAAGAAAGAAACCUUCAGAAGGAAGAGUAUCUUGGCCUAGAAGAAAAGAUCAGUGAACCUAGUGAUUCUGAGAUAAUGUGUGAUUCUGAUGUCCCUCUUCAGAUAGUAGUUAACGACUUUCAAGUGUCAGUCAAAGAAACAAAUCUCAAAAAGAUGCUGUUGGUGGAGGUGGUGACCAGCGAUAGUGAUUGUGAAAUGAUUUCUGACUCUGACAUCACUUUUCAGCCAGUGAUCGACUCACCUCAAAUGACUGUCAAAGAAAUCAACUGUAUCGAUAGAGAGAGUUUUGAUCCAGAAGGUGAGAGCUGUGAUUCUUGUGAUUGUGAGCUUGGAUACGUUUGUGAAGCUUCUCCUCGACUGGUGGCAAACCAACCCAAAGAGACUUUCAAAGUAGUAAACCAGAAGAAAGACUAUAUUAUUCUGGAAGAGUCAAGCUGUGAGUGUUAUGGUUCUGAAAUAAAUUUUCAAAUUGAUGCCUCUCAUCAAUCCAUGACUUAUCAGUCACAAGAGCCUGAUAAAAAAAUGGCAAAAUAUAUUGACCCAGAAGAUAAGAGCUGUGGAUCUAAUAGUCCUAAAAGAAAUUUUAAAUGGGAAGACACUUCUCAAUCAGUGACUCACCAACUGCAGAAAGCUGACAAAGAAGCCAGCCUUUGGAAAGAUCUAGAAAAUAUUGGCCUAAAAAACAGGAACUGUGAAUUGAGUGUUUCUGUGAUGGAUUGUAAUGCCUCCCCUGAGUCAGCGAUCCAUCAAAUGACUGAUAAAGAAAACCUUUUGAAGUUGAGACAUACAGAUCUAGAAAGUGUAAGCUAUGAGCCUUCUGGUUCUGGGAUGCGUUUUCAGUGCAAUCCUUCUCUUCAGUCUGACACUGAGCAGCCUCGAGAGGCUGUUAAUAAGAGGCUGUCUUUUAACCUGAAGGAAACGAGUCAUGAUUCCCAUUCAGACUUUGUUCCCGUGGUUGAUUCUGUAAGGAACUUGGAAGUGGCAAAAGGGGUCGUGGAAGAUAAUCCUGAUGAACCAGUUCUUGAAGCCUUGCCUCAUGUCCCUCCUUCAUUUGUGGGGAAAACGUGGUCUCAGAUAAUGAGAGAAGAUGACGUGAAAAUUAACGCACUCGUGAAGGAAUUUAAGGAAGGCCGUUUCCACUGUUACUUCGAUGAUGACUGUGAAACCAGGAAAAUUAAAAAAAAAAAUUUGAAUGAAGGAAAAAAGAUUGCCUGGGAUGACCUCAAUGAGGACCCUGCAUCAAUUCAAGUUUUCUCAGAUUGUGAUGAUAAUGCAGGUGGUAUUUUGGAUAUUGAUGACUCUUCAGUGGCCUUAGAUAAACCUGGUGUUCAUUCUACAGUGAAGUUGCCUUAUGAGCAAACCUGGCAAGUGGCUUCUCGAUGCCAGGCUGUAAAACUCAGCCAUGGAAUGCAAACCAAUCUUACGAGUCACCUAGGGGUAAAAAGAAAACUCAUGAGACAAGAUGCAGACUCGCCAACAAAGAAGGACAGAAAGACGAAAGUAAAAAUUGGAACAGUUGAAUUUCCUGAAUCAUGUAUUCAAGUUUUGAAGCCUUUGCAGCCCAGUGCCUUAGUCUAUGUUCUUUCUUCAAAUAUUAAGCGGAAGGAAGAUGAAUCCUUCAACUUAUCUACAAUGAGGCACCAAAGGGAUGUAAAUAAUCAGAAUAUUAGCAUACAGUACAAAUAUAAAUGGAGUUCCUUUAGUUGUUAUGACCCAUUGAAUAAGCAAAUUGUAAUUGAUCCUGCUCUGAACAUAGAAGUACCAGAGUCUGACAGGACUAACUGUGUUCAAAUCCAUUUGAGCGACCUACAGUCCAGUGCGGAAGAUGGGGAUGCUCCUGGACAAAGCUCUGCCUCAGCAUCUUUUGUGUCAGGAAGACACGAAUUAAUGUCACAUCAGGGGACCAGUGGAUCUUCUGUGUUUCUGGAAAAACCAGAGAUUUUGAAUUCUAGUGAAGUUCCAGAGGAAAGUAAUUUCCAAUUAACUCUUUUAAAUUGUGAUGCUGCCAAAAGUGCUUCAAAAUCAGUUAGAACUAAGUUUUUAGAAAGUAAAAAGAAAAUUCAGAGAAGAAAAGUGACAACUAAUAAUAAGCCAGGUUUUCCCCAAAAGGCUUGUGAACCAAUUAUUCUCCAGCAAAGAAACAGAAUCAUUUCAGAACAACACUCAGUUUGGAUUCGAACCAAACUAAAUGAUAUAAUUAGAAAGUAUAUUUUAAAAUACUCUGUUUUUUUGCGUCACAAAUAUCAGUCCAGGAGCACUUUUAUUAGAAUGCAUCUUAAGAAGAAAAAGUCUGAUGUCAGUAGGUUAACGAAGGUGAAGAGACCAGCCCAGAUGCUUUUGAACUCCUUGGUUCUGUCCACUGUUGCUGAGGAGCAGGUGAGAGUUAUGGCGAGCUCUCCUCCCAAGCAACCUGUGCAGGAUUCUUCCAGUGCUGUGGGAAGUAAGAGGAACGGUAAUGAAAAACACACUGGAAGAAAAGGAAGAAAGCCUUCUAGACCGGUUAGAAUAUAUGCUUUGAGGAGUUUAUGUUCUCAGGUACCGUGUUAUGAAAGAAGGAGGUGUUGGGUGUCAAACCAAUAGUGAGGUAGUGAGGCUGACUGGAAGUGUUCGUGUUGAGGUGGUGGAGGACUCAGUACUUCAGGUGAAAUGUGUUUGGUACUUAGUGCACAUAGCUCUCCCAACUUUGGUGAAAAAAUCAGCCUUCAACUAUUUUGCUAUAGAUAUUAUUUUUCAUAACUUUUAUAUUCAUUUAAAAUUAGCGUUUAAGAUCUUUUUGUUAAAGAUUCAAAAGCACCCUGUGUCCAUUUGCUGUAGAAGAGCUUCAUCUUAACUUACAUCACAUAAUUUAGCACAGUAUAUAUAAUUUUCUCCCUCAAAUCGUGUCCCUCUAUUUAAUUUUUAUGAUUGUAUCUCUCAUGUCAGCAGGUUAUUAUAUUGCAAGAAUGAAUAUGACAAACACUAAAUAUUAUCUUAUUUUUACUUUUUAAAAAUUGGAACAAAUGAAUAUGUACUUCUAUAUUGUGUGUUUCAGAGUGGUAUUGUCAAUAUCGUAUUCUAACUGGAUAAUUAAAAAGAAGAAGCUGUAAUAAAUUAUCUCAACUUUUGAGUACGGUUAACUUAAAUAAUCACAAACAAAAUAUAAUUUAUCUUUCUUUUAAAAGCAUUCCAGAGAAUGAGAUUCCGUAACCUUUAAUCCAGUUUUAGAAGCCGCCUGGUGAUUUUAUAUACAGAACACAAACCCCUCCUGCUUUGUUUCGGUUAGAUUUGCAGGUUUCUGACUUUGCUCCUGUGGACACGUACCCCGGUACAAUCUCCGAGGGGUUUUCUUGAGCCGACUUGACUAGAUCACAGGGGGAACAUGAUCGUGCUGGUGCAGUGAGGCUCUUCCCCAGGCUCUGUGCCCCACUCUGGGAGGGUUGGUGGCUUACUAUGAAAGUCUCAAGUUGUCUUAUGGCCAUAUCUCUUAAAAGUAUUUUAGACAUUACCAUAUCACUUUUUGAUAGUUUGAACUGAAAUUAUUGGUUUGGUAAUUUGGGUAGACUGUUAAUUGUUAUCAACAAAUUAUUUAUAAUCUUAGUAUUUCAAAAGAUCUAAUAAAAUUAACAACCUAAGUGGAAGCCCAUUUUGCAAGUGAAAACCUAUGUAUUUGCACAUGAGUUUGGCUUUUCUUAAACUUGCUAAUUAGUUCAAAUAAAAGAUGUUAAGAUGUGCAGUUUAGGUCUGAGGUCCUCAGAAUCUGUUUGGAUCUUUUAUUCAGGGACACCAGUUGAGCUGGUACGGAUGCAUCCUAUUAUCCUGUUAAGCUAAGGAUCCAGGAUCCUUUUCUAUCAUUGAUGUUAAAGGGAAACAUGAAUUUCAGCUACAUUGUAUAAACCAUAUUUUAUUGAAACUAGAUCAGUGUACCAUAAAUUCAGAGAUAAAAAUAUGUUUCCAUAGAAUUAAUGAAAAAAUAGUGUAACAAUUGGUUCUAAAUGUAGUUUUAUUUCAGGGGCCAUUAUUUGACCUGUGGGUAAAUGAUGGUGUUAUGUUGUAAUUUCUUUACUUCCAAAUUUAAAACAGUAAUUAUGUUGGAAAAAAUGGGCAGAUGUUUAUAUUUUUUAGUUGCAAAGCAACUUCAGCCUUGCCUCAUAUACAAACAUAUUUUAAUUUCCUUUCUUAAAAUAUUGCUGUGGGCCACCAGUUUAAAAUAAUCCUCCAAUUUUAACUAGGAAGAAAACUGUCCUACUGAUUAGGAGGUAAAUAA